AAAUUGGUGGACCAGUUCAUUAUCGAUGGAUGUAUCCAAUUGAAAGGUUCCUUUUUACUCUAAAGUCAUUUGUUCGUAAUCGAGCUCGCCCUGAAGGGUCUAUUGCAGAGGGUUAUUUAGCUAAUGAAUGUUUGAUAUUUUGUUCACGAUAUCUCUCUACGGUGGAAACACGAUUUACUCGACCUUGUCGAAAUGAUGAUUCCUCCUUUGUAGAAAAUGCAAAUGUGUUUAAUCCUAGAGGUAGACCUUUGGGGAGAAAAAACCAUGUUGGGUUUACAGUGAAGAAAAGGAAAAGAGUUUCUCGAGUUUCUCUUGAUAAAAAAACAUUGCUACAAGCACAUAGAUAUGUGCUUUUCAACAACACUAAUGUUGACCCCUUUCAAAGAGAACACAUUGACUUUAUCAAGAGACGUAAUCAAAAUCGUCGGCUAUCACCAUAUGAAAUUGACAAAAUUCAUAGUCGAACAUUUCCUGAUUGGUUUUGCGAAAGAGUAGCACGAUUAGAAGAACAAGGAAGUGUUAUAGUUACAGAUGAAAUCAGAUGGUUAGCACGGGGGCCAUUAGAAAAAGUGAGAAACUAUAGUGGCUAUAUUGUUAAUGGAGUUAGAUUUCAUACAAAGAAGAGGGAAAGGUGUUUAAAGACUCAAAAUAGUGGAAUUUGUGUUACUGUUAAGACCAAAAGUUAUGCUAGUACACGAGACAAACGCCCUAAGGAAGGAGAAAUAAACUACUAUGGUGCAUUGAUAGAUAUAAUUCAGUUGGAUUAUGCAGGAAAGUAUAAAGUUGUACUUUUCAAGUGUGAUUGGGUUGACAUAAAUAAGGGGUGCAAUAUUGAUGAUUUGGGUUUGACAUUAGUAAAUUUUAAUUACUUGCAACAUACAGGAAAUGAAAUAUGUGAUGACCCGUUUAUUUUUGCUUCUCAAGCCAAGAAAGUAUUCUAUGUGGAGAAUAGAAGACUAAAUGACUGGUUUGUCGUUGUGCAUGCUAAAGUUAGAGAUGUAUAUGAUAUGGGUGAUGCUCAAUCCAAUGACAUAGAUAAAAGUAAUGAACAAGUAUUGGAAGAGAUAAAUGAUGAUGAUUUGAUUAGACCAGAAACUGAUGAUAGUGAUGAUAUCAUUGAAGUUAUAAUUAAUAUAGAGGACAUUCCCCAAAAUGAUGAUGAGAAUGAAGAUACAGAGGAUGAGAGUGAAGAAGACCUCUCAUAUUAAUUUGUAAAUUAAAAUGGGAGAAACCAUCUUUGAUAUUGGGAGGAAAGGAACUCCGAUAAAGGUGGCUUCUAAGACGAAACUUUUGAUUACUGGGGCUAUUGCUCUGAAGGGCCUUGGAGGGGUUCUAUUCAUCUUUGGAAGCUCUUUCGGAGCUUUGCUACU